CUCUCCACUAGCACACUCCUCCCCACGUCUGACAACGUUCUACGAAAUGAAGGUGAGCGUGCUGUUGCUGACUUUGGUGGCUGCGGUCGCAGCCGAGCCUCCUGCUGACCGCUCGUACCUGCCACCGAGCGCGCAGUACGGUGCCCCGUCGCCGGCAGCUCCCAGCACCCAGUACGGCGCUCCAGCCGCUGGAGCCGCCUUCCUCGGCGGCUCUAUCCAGCGCCCGGCGGCCCGCGUCUCCUCGAGUCUGGGUGCGGCAGCUUCCAGCAGGAGGCUGGGCUCGGGUUCACUGGGACGCGGAUUCUCCGGUCUCGGCCGCGCCGGUGGUCUGUCAACCGAGUACGGUGUCCCUGGCUACAGCUACGGGCGUACUGGCAUGCAGGAGGACCCUCUUGCAGAGCCGGCCAACUACGAGUUCAGCUACUCGGUGCAGGACAGCGAGACGCUGAGCGACUUUGGACAAGAGGAGUCCAGGCAGGGGGAGAGCGCCCAGGGCCAGUACCGCGUGCUGCUGCCCGACGGCCGCAAGCAGAUCGUCUCCUACCAGGCGGACGAGGGCGGCUACAGGCCCACCGUAGAGUACCAGGACACCGGACUCACCGCCUACUCCGCCGCCGGAUACGGCUACGGCAGGGGGCGCGCUGGGGCUGGAGCUGGAGCUGUAAAUGGGGGAUACCACUACUGAUACAUGAUCGGCUAGUGAGAUCUGUGUGCAUGGCUGCACUUGUGGUGUGUGCAGAGUAGGAGCGCUACGUGCCACACUUCUUACAUAGUUGCUGCUCUUUCUCCCAUUAUCGCUUUCUGCAAAGCUUCAUUUAAAUCCUUGCUCCAAUUCAGUCUUUAAUUCCUAUGUUGUACAGUACACUACUUUGUUUUUAGUGAGCAGUACUACCGAAUUGUAUAGAAUUAUAUGACAGUUUGUUUUCGUAUAAACUGUUGGGAACCAGUGC